CAGUGCGCAUGCUCCCUUCCGGGUCAGCGGGUCAGCGAGUCUGUCACGGUAAAUGGCGCUGGUGGCGGGAAAGUUGAGUGCUUGGUGCGCCCAGCCUUCGGGGCGAUGUGUAGUGACUUCCACAGGGCCGAGUCUGGGACGGAGCUCCUUGCCCGACUUGAAGGUAGAAGUUCCUUGAAAGAAAUAGAACCAUAUCUGUUCACUGAUGAAGUUUCAUCUGUACAUGGUGAUAUUCUUGAAUUUCAUGGUCCAGAGGGAACAGGAAAAACAGAAAUGCUUUAUCAUUUAACAGCACGAUGUAUACUUCCAAAAUCGGAAGGUGGACUGGAAGUAGAAGUCUUAUUUAUUGAUACAGAUUAUCACUUUGAUAUGCUUCGGCUUGUUACAAUUCUCGAGCAUAGACUAUCCCAAAGUUCAGAAGAAAUGGUAAAACACUGCCUCGGAAGGUUGUUCUUGGUGAACUGCAAUAGCAGCACCCAGCUGCUCCUCACACUGUACUCACUAGAAACUGUGGUUUGUAGCCACCCGUCCCUCUGCCUUUUGAUCUUGGACAGCCUGUCAGCUUUUUACUGGAUAGACCGUGUCAAUGGAGGAGAAAGUGUUAAUUUACAGGAGGCUACUCUGAAGAAAUGUGCUCAGUUCUUAGAGAAACUUGUAAAUGAGUAUCGCUUAGUACUUUUUGCAACAACACAAAGUAUAAUGCAGAAAACCUCAAACUGGACAGAAGGACCUUCUUCUGCCUUUAACCAUCCGAAGGAGGCAGAUGCAGACUAUAGACCCUAUCUCUGUAAGGAGUGGCAACAAGUAGUAAAGCACAGAAUAUUUUUCUCCAAACAAGAGGAUUUUAAAACCAACCAAUUUUCUUUAGUUUCACGUCAUUUAAAAAGCAACAGUUUAAAAAAGCAUACUUUUGUUAUUGGAGAAAAUGGCAUUGAGUUUUGUUGAUAUGUAUCAUAAAAUAGUGUUUUUCAGGAUAUUCAAAAUUUUUAAAGUCUUUACUGAAAUAAAAUGAUCCAAUUAUAAGGCUUUUUUUUUUUUUAAGAUUUUUAUUUAGUUAUUCAUGAGAGACACAGAGAGAGAGAGAGAGGCAGAGACACAGG